GCACAAGCAGAGGACAUGGAGCUGAGCAAGGUCACGAUGGCCCUGGGGCCCUUGGGCCAGCUCCUCCUGCUCCUGUGCCUCAGGACCCUGAGCACUCAGGCUGCUGACGCCUGUCCAGAGGUGAAGGUGGUGGGUCUGGAGAGCUCUGACAAACUGUCCAUCCUUCGAGGCUGCCCAGGGCUUCCUGGAGCUACAGGGCCUAAGGGAGAGACAGGUGAACCUGGAAAGAGAGGAGAACCAGGCUCCCCUGGACCCCCUGGGAAAGCAGGACCCCCAGGACCCAAAGGAGACCCAGGAGAGAAGGGUGAUCGUGGAGAGAAAGGGGAUCCUGUACCAGCUGAGACCUGUGAAACAGGCCCAAGGUCCUGCCAGGAACUGCUCAGCAGGGGACACACUCUAAGUGGCUGGCACACCAUCUACCUACCUGACUGCAGGCCCCUGGUGGUGUUGUGUGACAUGAACACUGAUGGUGGGGGCUGGACUGUGUUCCAGCGCAGGGUGGAUGGCUCCGUGGAUUUCUACCUGGACUGGGCCUCCUACAAGAAGGGCUUCGGCAGUCAGCUGGGGGAGUUCUGGCUGGGCAAUGACAACAUCCACGCCCUCACUGCUCAAGGAAACAGUGAGCUCCGAGUGGACCUGGUGGACUUUGAGGACAACCACAAGUUUGCCCACUACAAGAUGUUCAGAAUGGGGAGUGAGGCUGAGAAAUACAAGCUGGAGUUGGGGGACUUUGUGGAGGGUCCUGCAGGUGACUCCUUGACAUCCCACAAGGACAAGCCCUUCUCCACCAAAGACCAGGACAACGACCUGAGCUCCUCACACUGUGCCCAGCAGUACCAGGGGGCCUGGUGGUAUGGAGACUGUCACAAUUCCAACCUGAAUGGACGUUAUCUGGGUGGGUCUCAUGGGAGCUAUGCCAAUGGCAUCAACUGGCAAACAUGGAGAGGCUACAGCUACAGCUACAAGGUGUCUGAGAUGAAGGUGCGGCCUGCCUAGCUGGUGCCAUGAGCCCCAGGGAUCACAUACACAUGGUGUGUGUGUGUGUGUGUGUGUGUGUGUGUGUGUGUGUAUGUGUGUGUGUGGCGGGGGGGGGAUGUGAUACUGUAAGAAGAAAAUACAGUUAUUCUGCAGUCA